AUUAUUUGACCUCUGUGGAGCUUACCUCAAUUUAUUUGUUUUCUUUUCAACAUUUCAGUAAUUCAAUCUCAAUCAAGGUAAGUCAUAUGGAUAUAGGCUAAGCCAUCAAUCAGGCCACAGGUCAUUUAACAACAAAUAAGUUCAGGCUCAAGGGGGCUAACAAUGGAAAAAUUCAUACAGAUUAUUGGAUUUAUCAUCGGAGCAGUCUCUCCAAUUCAAAAGCUCAUGGUUGGUGAUAGUGCUCCCCUUCGUGUGAUUAUCAGUUCUGCAUCUUUAGUCGGGGAUGCAACAAUUGUGUCUAUGACUUUGAUAGUAGGAGCAAAUCUUCUUGAUGGUUUAAAGAAGUCUGGAAUAAGCUUGUUCCUGAUUAUGGGGAUUAUGGCAGUGCGGUUCAUAAUAUCACCUAUCGUGGGUAUUAUUAUUGUUAAGGCUGCACAUCAUUGGGGAUUUGUGGGAUCGUAUUCAUUAUAUCAGUUUGUUCUUAUGCUUCAAUAUGCGCUUCCACCUGCAACAACUGUAGGUACGAUUGUCCAGUUGCUUGGUGUUGCUGAGAGUGAAUGUUCCCUUAUCAUGCUAUGGACAUAUGCUGUUGCUACAUUAAGUCUCACGCUUUGGUGCACCUUCUUCAUGUGGAUGCUUGGUUGACUUCCUCUAGUAUCUUUCGCUUCUCACUCGUCAAACGGGAUAGAAAUAUCUACAUUUGUCCACUUGUUAUUGUUAUUGUUCUGAAGCAUAAAUAAAUGUUAUUAUUAUUGUUUCAUGAUGUCCACUCGUAGUGGCCUUUUUGCAUUUAUAAGAGAUUAUUAUCUUUAUUUUUCGUUUCUUUUUGUUGUAUUUUUCUCUUUUUAUCUUCUAUUUAUUUGUUUGUGUAAAGC